AUGCUGUUAUCUCAAAUAAAAACCGCACGAGCCGAUCAAGAUAAAACGUCGAUUGGACAUCGAAUUUCUUUCAUACAAUCACUUAUUGUUGCUGGUCAUAAUCGUGCUUCGAUUUCCGAACAAGACUUGGAACGAACCAAAGUUGAGCUCGAAGCAUUGCGCCUUCAACUUGAACAUAAGAAGGAAGAGAUUGAGCGAAGUAAAGGUGAAAUGAAACGACAAAUAGAUUAUGUGGGUGGUUUGAAUAAGGAACUGGAUAGUGAAUUGAUGGCCCGUGUCAUGCUUGAAUGUGAGCUGCAAACAUUUCGAGAAGAAUUGGUCUUUAUGAAAGCUAUCUAUGAAGAAGAACGCAAUGAGUUGGCUUUGCUCGGUACAUACCAAAUUGAUGUUGGCCAAUUCUACAGGGAUGAACUUGCACGAGCAGUUGCCAAUAUCAAGAAAGAUUUCGAGAUACUUUCAGAUGCACAAUACACGGAAUUGAAAGGUAAAAAAGAACAAUUUAUAUUCUAA